UGAGGUUUCUGUUGGUCUUUCACCUUGAUGGGAGAGAAUAAAGGGCAGGCAGUAAGACACCAACAUCUAGGAAGUUGAGUAGCAGUACAGCAGCGGCCUCCAUCUGGAAGGAUUGUUUUCCUCUUCAAGUGACACUUCCCUUUGGAUUGUUGAGAGACACUGCUUCAAGAAGAAGGCCUCAUGGAGCCAGAAGCCUUAGAAACAUGUCCUUAUGACCCAAACCACAGGGUGCCAGCCAACAGGUUACAGUAUCACCUGGCAUCAUGUAGAAUGAAAAAUCCAAAGGUAGCUAAAAAGAUGGCUAACUGCAAAUAUAAUGCUUGUCAUGUGGUCCCAAUAAAAACGCUCAAAGAACAUGAGGCUACCUGUGCCAACAGAACUGCUAUAGAUGAUGAGCCAUUUAAUCUUCCAACGGUUAUGUCUCCAAGUAUGGAACCAAACGAAAAACUUCCUAAUGCUGCCAAUCAGAUGCCUGACCCUGAUGUCUGGAACAUAGAUAACACACAACGUUCUCCAUUUGUCCUUAAGUCAUUUGCUCCAAAAACGCUGUUUUGUGAAAGUGACUCAAGAGACAUUAAAAAAGAGACUAUGGAUGAUAAACAUCCUAACAACCCUAAGUCCUGGAGAAAAGGUCAGGAAAACUGAUGGAGGAGUUGUGGAUUAAAGAGCCAGCCAAUGGAAGAUUUAUUAUGUCCUUUUAAAACUUUGAGGAAAUCUUUUAACUAUUAAGUUUUAGGUAGAAACUCUUUUCAUUCUUGGCAUUUUAACAUGUUUUUACUUAUUUAAAUAAAGAAUAUUUUCCCUA